AUGCUCCUCAUCCCUGAGGACACGAUGUCUCAGUACUCCACCAACUUCCUGCUGCUGCCCAUCCCGGAGUACCCCGCGCUGGACUGCGCGCCCAACAAAAUCAUCAAGCUGGUGGUGCUGGGCGGCAGCGGCGUGGGCAAGACAGCCCUGGUCGUGCGCUUCCUCACAAAGAGAUUUAUUGGGGACUACGAAGCCAACACCGGUGCUUUGUAUUCCAGGAAGUUCACCAUAGAUGGGGAGCAGAUCUCUCUACAGGUGCAGGACACUCCCUUUGUCUCAUUGGAGGAUGACACGGACAGCAUCUGCUGCCAGGAGCAGAUAAACCGCUCCAUCUACUGGGCCGACGGCUUCGUCUUCGUGUUCUCCAUCACCGACUACGAGAGCUUCCGCCUGCUGCGCCCGCUGCACCAGCACAUCCGCAGGAUCCACCCCAACGCCAACAUCCCCCUGCUGCUCAUGGCCAACAAGGGCGACCUGCUGAGGGCCAGGCAGGUGUCCUCCAAGGAGGGGCUGCAGCUGGCCUCCGAGCUGGGCGGCACCUACUGCGAGGUGUCGGCGCGGGAGAGCUGCGAGGGCGUGCACGAGGCCUUCCAGCAGCUGUGCCAGGAGCUCAGCAGGAGCAGCAGCAGCUGCAACGGGGAGAAGAGGAGAGGUCUCCACCUGGUGAGGCCCAAGUCGCCCAACAUGCAGGACUUGAAGAGGCGUUUGAAGCAGGCUCUGACUUCCAAAGGCAAAUCUGCCACCGCGCUUUGA